CACGGAUCUGGUUGGGGCCCGGGGAACCACAGCCCCACUUUGCAUGCCCACGUGGCUGUAGGGUGCAUGUCGUGGAUUUUGCGCAUUUCAAGACUCAACUCGCGCGUGACGCGUGUGACGACACGCUCCAGUUGUCCCUGUUUUUUCUCCCUCUUCCCCAUCAGUUCCAGACUAUUCACAAAUGGAACCCUAAUUCUACACAUCAAGAUCCUCAAAAUUCCCGAAUUUGGAUGGUGUUAGAAAUUCGAAAUUCCCUCUUAGAUGAGCUUCUAAAAACCCUAAUUCUUCUGAAAUCUAUCGAUUAACUCAAUCCGAACUUUAGGGUUUUUUUAUUAAAAAGAAAAGGAAAUGAACGGACGUGACGAUGAAUUGCAGCUAGCUAUCUAUAGCCCUCCCCCAAGCUUCACCGGCGGGUGCCUGGAAAUACGCCUCUUUUACGUUCGGAUCGCGCCCUGCGCGGUGGACGGCCUCCCCGACCAGCUGAGGCUCCGACACCUCCGCCGCGAGCUCGGCGUCCAGCUGGAAAUCAACGGUGAGCGCAUCCCCCCGUCCGACGCUGUCUGCAUCAACCUCCGCCGCGAUCGUGUGGACAAGGAUUCAUCCGAGGUAACGUACGUCAGCACCGAUAGCGUCCGGGUCUCGGGCCCCAUGGAGUUCGAGGUCUGCGAGGAAGGGGACGGUGGGGAUUUGGUCCUCUGCGGCUCGCUGGAAAGGGCUGAUGUGGGGGCCUCGUGGGGUGACGAUAACGGGCCGGGUAAUGAUUCGAGAACCGGUUGGAGCCUGGAGUGCUACGUGGCGACCUCUGUUGCCAACGGGAGGUCGGCCCUUCUCCACCCGAAGAAAGGGGCUUGCUCGCCCACGAUUGAGGUUUAUAUAGCAGGGUGCUGCUCGGGGGCUCCGGUGAUCUUGAUGAAGACUGUGUUGGUUAGUCCGAGGAGGAAAGUGAGGCCUGGGGUGACACUGGAUGCAAUUCCCGAGGAUGAGGAGAUUGGGAAGGAGCAGAUGAAUCUAUGCAAUGGGGUGGUGAGACAGAGGAAAUUACAGUUGAUGCCUACUGAUAUGGAUGAAUAUGAGUCAGAUGGAAAAGUCGCAUAUGGCAAUUACUCUGAAGAAAUGUACCCAGGUGAAGACGGCCAGCUCACGUGGUUCAAUGCUGGUGUAAGGGUUGGUGUCGGGAUAGGUCUUGGGAUGUGCCUUGGCGUGGGAAUUGGCGUUGGCCUACUCAUGCGAUCUUAUCAAGCCACGACCAGGAGUUUCAGGAGAAGGUUUUUCUGAUUUCUAACUUCUCAUUCGGGAAAAAGAAAAAAAAAAAAAUACAAAAGUAUUGGUGGGCAUCAUGUUUGAGAUGGAAAGCAUAAUUCUUUUGCGGUUUUGCUAAAAUCUGGAGAGAUCAUAAAUGCCGCAGAGGGAAGUGAGAAGCACGCAAUACAGAGCAAUGCUGUUUGGUUGAGUGCUGCUAUGUUUCUUGCAUCGUGUGCCGUAUGGAAGUAUUUCAUUUUGCAGUGUUUAGUGUUGAUGUGUUUGGCCUGGCGUGCCAUGAAAAAGGGGAUGCUGGGUUCGUGCGUGGAUGGUAUUUUAGUGUGAUCUUGUGUAUUUAAGUGUUGUGCUGGGUCUAUGGUAGAUAUCUGUCACUGAUGAAGUCUUUGCCCUGUCGAAACAAUUUUGCCCGAGUAAAGUUUCUCUUCUUUUCUUUUUUCUUUUCUUGGGUUCAUUGUAAUGGAAUUUGGUCGUCCUUCCCUGAGUUCAUGAAUAAGUAGCUAUGUUCAAGCUACAUUGUAACGGUACAUUGCUGUAGAGUUCGUUGUUAUCAUUGAGAUCAAUGACUUUGUUUAUGAUUCUAUACAAGCAGCAGCCGUGAUUAAUUUCCUUCUGUUAAAGA